AUGGCUGGCUGGAAAAAGCCACAAGAAAAGGACACAAGCAACCUAUACAACCUCAUGUCCUUACACAUAUCACCAUCUUCUUCAAUUUCAGCUGCCCCUGCAUUGUUACCAAAUCCACCUGCUCUGUCUCCUGAUAUAAGUCCUCUUUUUCCUUCACCAGGUGGCUCUGAGCUUGCUCCUACUGAUUCUUCAUUACCCUUAAUUCCUUCUACCCCUAGCCCUCCUAAUCCUGAUGCUAUGAUUGCUCCUGGACCUCUUUAUAUGCCGUUUUCGCCUACGCAGUCUCUACCGGUGUCCUCUGCUGUUGCUCUGUUUUCAUCUUUAUGUACAAUGGUGGUGUUGAGUUUGAUGUCCACCUGGUUUACGCAGCUCCUUCGUGUGUGA